AUGGACGGCGCAACUCCCCUCCCAGCCGAUGUGAACCGUGGCCCCGAGAUUCUAGGAGUCUGCGGGGCCAUGGUUGGCCUUGCUCUGGUAUUCGUGGUGCUGCGUGUGUAUGUCAGGGUCGCCAUCAUCCGACAGCUGGGCUGGGAUGACUAUUGUAUGAUUGUUGCCAUGGCCGUCAUGUUCGCAGAGAUGAUGGUCAUUAUACCGCAAGUUGGGUACGGAGCCGGCCGCCAUGUCGAGUUUAUCGAACCCAAGUCGAAUGUGGUCGAAGGCUUGCGUCUCAACUUUGUCACACAGCCUCUCUGCUUGAUAGCCCUGUGCCUGACUAAAGUCAGUGUCGGGCUGUUUUUGUUGCGAAUGACUCCCUCCGCCAGGUUUAGAAAAUUUAUCCUGGGCGUGAUGGUUUUUACCGUCUUGUCGGCUACAGGCAACCUCCCUUAUGCUUGGGACAUUUCGAUUCCCAACGGCCGAUGCAUCCCACCGGCUCACCUAAAAUUCGCAGCCUUCUUCAACUCGAGCGUCUCGGUUGUGACCGACUUUAUUUUUGCUGUGCUGCCGGUACCGAUCCUGUGGAAUGUUCAGCUCAACUGGAAAGUCAAGUCCGCCGUGGCCGCCAUCUUGUCGUUGGGCAUCUUGACCACCGUCGAGAUCUGCACCGCAAUCGUCGCAGCCUGCAUCCCCUGCCUCAAACCCCUAUUCAAAGCCAUGCUGCGCGGCUCGUCGGCCGACAAGUACCCUACCGGCUACAAGAUCAGGAGCGGCUACACGCGCAACAACACGACGGAUCUGGACACCAGGCCCCCGCGCUCCGAUUUCGGCAACAUUGAGCUGUUCACCCGCGCCAGUACCAUACACGAGAUCCAUGGUGGGUUUGGGCUCAAGAGCGGAUCGGAGGAGAGCAUCAUUCACCAGAAGGAUCUCGGGGGAGACGGCAUUGUCAAGACUGUCAAUAUCUCCGUCUCUGUGGACGAGGAGCGGAAGAAGCCGAAGGAGGUCCUGUAA